CUAGAGCUGCACUCAUGGACGUCUGCAGGGCCCCUGAAUAUGCACGUUAGAAACUAGCUGAAAAUGCAGGGGGCCAUUGCACGAGUGUGCGUGGUGGUGGCCGCCGCCAUAUUGAACCACCCGUUGCUCUUCCCUCAAGAGAACACUACGCUCCCGGAGCAGGACGAGGCGUUGAUGACUCGCAUGCGGGAGCACGAGGAGAGGCUGGAAGUGGAGCAGGCCAGGCUGGAGAAAGAGCUCGCACAGCAGGAAUCCCAGCAGGAGGAGACCAGCUUGGAGGGAGGCUACAGUUGGUACUUUUGGAGCACCGUGUCAUUGAUCAUAUUCUUCACUAUCGAGAUGUGCAAGGUGGAUCUUGCUGACACGGAAAUCCGUCCGUCAGAGGAUGAGGACAUAUUUUCAGAAGGUGGAGCCAUCACGCCCAGGACAAUGGUGCUGGAUAAAGAUAUCCUGAGAAGCUUCUGUGACAAAUGCACCUACAGUUCAGCCCAUGAAAACUGGAGGGUGAGGGAGUUUGUUGAGGGUUUUGCAGACGAUUUACUGGAAUCGCUCAGGAGUGUGUGCGACAGAGAGGCAGACAUGGAAGUCUGGGACUUUGUCGGGAUUGGGAGCAUGUUCGAGUCUUGGAAGGUGUGCAAGCCUCUAACCUGCGACCUGAUAGUGCCUUUCUCGCCUCCAGAUCCAUAUUCCUUCCAGUUCGAACUGUGGUGCAGCCCCAGCAGUGACAUGCCUCCAGACAUGCAGGGCUGUGGCAGGAUAAAGGUGACCCGGCCUGGCGAGAGCGAGGAGGGCUGCCUCUGUGGCUCUGCUAAUCUCGGAGAGGACAUGCUCUGCCUGUUGCACGGCAAGAAUGAAGCCAUCAAGGUGCACCGCAGUCCGGAUGAGCUGCUGUGCUCCAGGAACACGCCUUUCUUAGCCAAAGAUCAGGUCAUGAAGUGGUUUCAGAUCUCUGUUACCAAAGCAUGGGGACGCAUCUCUCACAAAUAUGACUUUGAGGUCACUUUUCGCAACUUGGACGCCGCCGGUGCUCUGAAGAUCCGAUUUCGUUCAGGGAAAGUCAUCGUCCUGAACAUCAUACCGGUGGUACAGCUGGGGGAUUCAGAUGCUUACUUUGUCUCACACUUCCCGUCAGAUUGCGACAGCUCUCCAGACCCGCUCUGGCCGCUCUCUUUCGCUGUGUACGAGAGGAACUUGCUGAAACAUUUCACGAAACGCCUUCCACAAAAUUCCUGUCACUUACACUGUCUUAGGAUUGUCACGUUCCUGCACAGAAAGCAGACGGGGCUCACGGGAAAGAGCGCCCUCACGAACUACCACUUGAAGACCGCCCUGUUGCACUUGUUGCUGAGUAAGAGGCCCUCUGCGUGGGGCAUGGAGAGCAUGGAGCACAGGCUUCAGGACGUGCUCGGACUCUUGCAGAGGAGCCUGCAGGAGAAGAGACUUCACCACGUUCUCAUCGGGAACAGUAGAGUGCCGGGAGAUGUCCAGCUUCCUGAGAUCAUUAGAAAAGCGCAGCCCCUCAAUCUGUUUAGGUCCUUGGUGCUGCAGACGGAGCUGUACGCUGCAACAGUCAGACAUUUUCAGGAGAUGUUGAGAAAUGCACCUGCGCUCAUACAAGAAUACACACCUCACUUAUCAAACGGAGGUUUACACCACAGACUCGACGACAGUUUGUGAGCUUCGGUGACGUUCGGAGUCUGAAUUAUUUAAAACCUUUAGCACGAGCAGGUCUUUAUAUAUCACUCUGUGUAACCAAAGGUGAUGUUUCGAAUUGAAGGUGUGAACACACAACAAUUAUUUUAAAUUGUGGCUGAGCUGCUUUAAUUGCACUUGAUAUUAACCAGUGUAUUGGGAAUAUGGAGCCAAACUAAUACAUAUACUGUAUAUUUAUUCAGUAUUUCAAGAGUGGGUUGUGCUGUGUAUAAAACAUAGUCUACUAUACAGCCAUUUUUAAAGAUAAGUCAGAAGGACUGUUGUUAAACCUAAAAAUCAAAAUCAGAAAACAAGAAAUGUCUGCACUCUGUUGAUGCUCCCUUUUUUAUUUUACCUCCUGGGUAGGUUCUUACCUCGGGUGGAGGUAUGAUCCAUCAAAUGGUCUGUGGACAUUUCUUCUCUUCUGGUUUUCACUUCAGUCCUACACCUAGUGUUUAUCAUGUUGUGGGCCUACCUCUCCGUGUUUCUUUCUCUGCUUCUUUAACAAAAGCGGCAAAAACUAAUUCAUGAGGAAAUAUAUUUUUUUAAACUUAACAAUUUUAACAGAAAUACCUCAAAUAUUGUGCCGACCUAAAUGGAAAUAAUUGACCA